GAGUUAGAUUUUUGACAAAAGGUAAAUGAUUGAAAUGUUUUCAUGUCGUAAUUUGCACGUAUUGUGCCGCGCAGCCACCGACACUCGAUUCACUGCAUGUAGAGUCGUUUGUACUGAUAUCAUGUUAUUUAUAGAGUGAACAAAUCAUAAGAGCCUGCAUACGAACGAACGAGACAACAGUCGUGAUGAACUGGAUCUCUUUGGUUUUGAUGGUGUGUGAGUUUCUUUUUUAGUCUUUUGUCAUCAAUUUCAUCUAUAUUUGCAGUCGAUGUUUCUGACUGAAGGAAAAACACACAUUGAUUUACGGGGAAACGCAUCAAAAGCGAAAAUUCUUUGGAGAAAAUUUACAAGCUUAUUAAAAGCAUUCGAACAGUGAACACAUACAUUUUUCGUGUCAUUUUGUCAGUGAAAAAUUAUUUUUGUCAGAAAUUAUCGAUGAAAACGGAGAGAAAAAACCAUAUGCUCGACUAAGAAUAUUAUUGUUAUUUAGUAGAAUUUCUAACUAGCAGGAUUAAGUGGAAUUUACUGAAAAAAGGUUAAUUACUAUUGUGACCGAAAGAAAGGUAGUGCACUCAUACGAUUUCAAUUUGUAAACAAGUGCACAAAGUGUUGGGUAAAAGUGUGAAGCUCCAGAACGGAAUUGACAUAUUAAGAGUGUCACCGUGUCAUUGGUUGACCUAAAAAUAUUGGGAACGAAACAAUCAGGGUGUUUGGGAUUUUGGAUGUGCCAGAACAAAAGGCAAUGCGAUAAAGAUGUCCUCACGUGUUUUGAAGAAGUUGCAUGGCGACAAUGAUUUGGAAGUUCGCGAGCAAGACGCCUCCGAUCUCGAUAAUGACAACAGUUUCAUUGGCAGCAGCGGAGCUCGUAAGAAGCAAUUUGAUGGAAAUCGAUACGAUUUGUUCCAACAGUCGAUGUCGGAAAGUGAAGUGAAAGAGGAUGACAAUGAAACCGAACACAAUUCGACCGCUACACCAAAUCCGGACAUAAAGAAGAAACGUAAGAAGCGCAAGAAACGCAGUGGAAAACAUAGUGGAUAUCAUCGGAGUAGCGAAGAUAAUGCUGAUGUCGAUGAACUUGCUCGCACCUUCAAGAGCUUUCAUUAUCACACGAUUAACGAUGAGAAUACACCGCUUCCAGCAAACCAAUCGGCUGCCAGCAACACGAACUUGUUAUCAACCAAGGCGUUGCUUUCGAUUCAGCAUAAAAACUUGAAUCCAUCGUUUGAAAUGAAACGAAUGUUUGGCAGCAAAGUGGUUCAGUUGAAACAUUCAAAUGAUCGUCGAAAUGGCCGUGGUGGGCGAAUAUUCAAAUCGACAUGGUUGGUGACACCGAAAGAUAAUUGGCCACCAGCCACAAAAACGGGUCUUUCGAUGGUUAUUGACUAUUCGAAAUCGAAUGAAACAGAUGAAUCGACCUGUAGUCGCGGUGCAUCCAACCGGUUGAACCCAGCCAAAGGAGUGCAGUGGUUUGUGUUUGAGCAUAGUGUGACUUAUCGUCAAUUGCAACAGAAAUUCUUGGCUGCCGUCGAGAGCAUGGACUCAGAUAAUAUCAUCAAAAUUAUCAAUCAACAGCCGUAUCACGUGGACUCGUUGAUUCAAAUGAGUGAACUGUGCAAAAUGUCCGAAGAUCAUGCCAUGGCAUCUGAACUCAUCGAACACGCAAUAUUGGCAUUGGAAUCGGCAUUUCACUCAUCGUUCAGUUUGACCACUGGCAAUUCACGACUUGAUUAUCGCCGGCAAGAGAAUCGUGCACUGUUCAUUGUUCUAUUCAAACAUGCUCAAUACUUGGAGGGACGGGCUUGUGCCCGCACUGCUUUGGAGGUGGCCAAGUUGAUUCUAACAUUUGAUCCCAUAAAUGAUCCGCUGGCCAUGAUUUUAGUCAUUGACUAUUAUGCCUUACGAGCCAAACAAUAUGAAUGGCUGGUGCAGCUGUACGACGAACUGGAGAGUUCAAACAAUUUAUCACAACUGCCAAAUAUGGCCUACUCAUAUGCACUGGCACUGUUUUAUUUAAAUAAAAAUGGCAAUUUGGAUUUGGCUGACAAAGCAAUACAAUAUGCAGUCCUCAUGUUCCCUGGUGUGGUUAAACCGUUGCUGGAUGCGCUAUCGGUGCAAGUUGACUCUCGUGCCAAUUCACACAAAUACAUUUCGUCUUCAGCAUAUGACAAUCAACCAGCGGCUUUGCAGCAGCUCACAUCACUUUAUGUAUCACGUUCAAAGACUGUUUGGCGUGAUACAGACAUUUUACCUUGGUUGUCACGCAACGUGAACACGGUGCUGGAUCGAGUAGAUGAAAAAGAUGCGAUUGUAAAUGAGUACAGCACCAAGAGAAGUCAACGGUACAAAACACCACCGAGACCAAUUUUGCGCCACAUUAUUCUGUCUGAUUUUAAAGAGAAGGUGCCAUUGGCACCGUUCAUCAAUCAAGAAACUGAACCAAUUGUGAUGUACGAUCCCCUUCCACCGCUUGAUUCAAUCAAUAUUUAUGCAAAGCCGACAUUGACACCGCAAUCACGCCUGCUGCCAGAUGCUUCGCCAUUGUCAAUGUUUUUCCAAUCGCUUUUACCAAAUUUCAAUGUACAAGGUGGCCGAUUUGUUGCACCAGAAGCCAUACCGGGUGUACCAGGUGCUCGGAAUGCUGAUCCGAAUCGAGACCCGGCCGUUGCAUGGGAUGAAAAUGUUGCACAUGAUCAACACCUUAUGGAUGAACUAAGACUUAUUGAUGAAAUUGACAACGUUGCUGCUACAAACAACGAACUGAAUCAGCCAUUCAUCGAGCUCCGGAAUUCAUUAACAUCCGUUGUGGACGCGAUGCGCGAUUUCUUAUCGAAUAUUCGCGUUCCCGAGAUGCCAAACGAUGCCGAUGUGGAUGAAAAUGAGAGCACCGAUGAUGGUGCCAACGACAAUUACUUGACAUAAAUUUACUUGAAUAAACAAAAGCCACCGAAAAUGGGAAUUGCAUCAAUCUCAAUUGAUCUGUGCUCCACAGCAUACGAACACUCAAUACUGUGGUCUUUUUUAAAUUGUUUCUAUUCUCGCCCCGUUUUUAAAAUCAUUUUACUGCUAAACAUUGUCGAUAUUUCAACUGAUAAAGAUAUAGUAGAACAACAUUCAUUUUGCACACAAUUUUACUCAACAAACAAAACGCAAAGUGAAAAAUAGUUUAUGCAACAAUAAAAGAAAAAAAAACAAGUCCGUAUGUAUUUGCCCAAUUCUAAAUAUAUAAAAAUUGUUUUGGAUCAUUUUUCGAGUUCUUUCAGAAGAGAUGAAAAAAAAUAUUUGAGAAAAAAAAUUGUUAAUGAAAUAGUUUACUUCUAAAAAUAAAAUACGAACCAAAUAUACUGCAAAUAAAAAUCCCUCACACUAAAUUCCACAUAAAAAGAAAACAAUUGCAAAAUAUAUGUGUGCAAAAACAUUGGGGAAAAAAACAAACAAAGAAUAUCUUUUUAUUGUAAGGCAAAGAGACACCGUAGAAUUUGUUCUUGGAAAAGCCACACGCAUUUUUAGAGGCCCCUUUAUGAAUAUUUACUGAAUAUUGUGUUUCCAACAUUUACUAAAAAAUAUCAUAAAUAAACUGGUACAAGAACACAUUUCAAACAGUUAAAA